AGUUGCGUUUUGUGUGUGUUUUCUUGGAAGAAUUUUCUUCACGCAUUUUACCUAAUUUUCCUACACGAACAGCAAUCCAGAGUGUCUUGAAAUGACUGAGGAUCGCGAGGACUUGCCUAAGGAGUUUGAUUUGACGGUGAUUGGUACAGGCCUCACGGAGUCAAUUGUCGCAGCUGCAGCCAGUCGUAUUGGCAAAUCCGUGCUGCAUCUGGACGUGAAUGAGUACUAUGGCAGCUACUGGGCCUCCUUCAACUUGCGCAACUUGCAGACACUGCGCGAGGAGAUUCCGGAGCAGAAGGAAAUCAUGGAGACGAACGAGAUUCAGUUGUGGCGACACAGAAACCAAGUGCAGAAUGUCCAGAUGAGCUGGCAUGUGCCCGAGGACAGUGCGGAUGAGGGCGCCUGGACACAGAACAGGAUUAUGCGAGAGAGUCACAAGUUCAACAUCGACCUGGCGCCCAAGCUGCUCUUCGCACGAGGCGCCAUGGUUGAGCUGCUGAUCUCAUCCAACAUCUGCCGCUAUGCUGAGUUCCGGGCCGUGGAUCGCGUGGCGACGCUAUACGAGGACACCAUCCGGACGGUGCCGUGCUCGCGCGCGGACGUGUUUAACACGCAGGAGGUGACAAUGGUGGAGAAGCGCCUCCUAAUGAAGAUGCUCGAAACGUGCAUGCAGUGCGAGGAAGGCAAUGAGGAGUUUGAGUACAACCGCGAGAGCACGUUCCUGCAGUACCUGGAGGGGCGUCGGCUGCCACAGAAGCUCACUCAUUACCUCCUCGAUGCCAUCAGCAUGUCCAACGAGCAUACAUCCUUCGAGGAGGGCAUCCUGCGCGUGAGGCGCUUCAUCGAGAGCCUGGGCAGGUACGGCAACACGCCCUUCCUCUUUCCCAUGUACGGCUGCGGCGAGCUGCCGCAGUGCUUCUGCCGGCUGUGCGCCGUCUUCGGCGGCAUCUACUGCCUGCGGCGCCCCAUCGAGCGCAUCAUGCAGCAGGCGGCGGGCGAGGGGCGGCGCCUGGUCAUACAGAUUGGGCAGCAAGAGGUGCAGACUGACCACAUUGUCUUCGGCUCGGGCUCGAUCUCCAUCACGGGCGACUAUCAGAACAGGAGCUGCCUGGCGGGCCUGCCGGAGAUGAUCAUGCCCAGGAAGUGCGGCAACAUGUCACGCGGCAUCUUCCUCGUGGACUCGCCACUGGGCGGAGCGGCUGAGAAUACCGGUGGCGGCGGCGUGGCCCUGCUGAAGCUGCCUCCUGCUCCCGGAGCGACGGCCGACAAGCAGGGCGCCUUCGUGAUCCAACUCAGCCACCAGAGUGGCACCUGUCCGCCAGGACUCCAUGUGAUUCACAUUACCUGUGACGCCGAUAUCGAUCCGCGAUUGGAUUUGCAGCCCUACGUGGAUCAGAUCUUCACGCAGGGGGAGGGCAAGCCGCGCAUCCUCUACUCGCUGUACUUCACCAUUCCGCAGUGCUUCAAAUGUGAUAACUACGAAAAGCUGCCGGCGGGAGUGCACCUGGCCUGCGGCCCAUACCUCGAGCUUGACUACGACACCUCGAUUAACCAGGGCAGGGAACUCUUCCGCAGCAUCUACCCGAACGAGGAGUUCCUGCCGCGCUGCCCCGAGCCUGAGGAGAUUGUUAUCUGAGCGCUUAACCUGAUUCCCCCAAAGUGAGCGAAUUGUAAUUCAUUGCGAGAAUAAAAGACACGAAUCAAAAA